UGCUCAGUCAGUCAGUCAGUCAGCCUUGGUGGACUACCUUCACACUCAUGACUGGGCCCUGGGCCACCACCUGCGGACCUCACCUGAGCACGCGAGGAGCCGCGUGGGGAGGGGGUCCACGGUGAUGAUGAUGAUGACGAUAAGGGGAAGUGGCGCUCUUUUAGGGCUUGUGCGCACUUUUAGAAGCGGCAUGGAGGUGUGAGCUCGCCUGCGCCCACCACCAUCACGACCACCACCACCAUGGACUGUUUGCUGCUCCUCAUUUGGACUUCACUCAUCCCGCUGGCGGGCUCUGCUCCAGCCAGGCUGCUCUCCACGCUGCUCACCUGGAGCUUCAUCAGGACUCUGCACAUUUGCUCCUCCCACACAGUGUCAGCCAGCUCCAGCCAGGGUUUAAAUCAUGACUACGCCUUUGCGACCCCGGUGGAGGUGGACGCUCAGGGACGCUACCUGAGCCACGAGGUGAGCUGGCGAGGAUCCCGCAGCAAGCGGUCCGCCUCGUCGUCGCUGCACUACCGCCUCUCGGUCUUCGGCCGGGACGUGCACUUGGACCUGGAGCCCUCCCCGGUGGUCGGCCCGGGCUUCACCGUGCAGACGCUGGGCUUGGACGGCAUCGCCACGCUAACGGGAGGCCAAGGCUUUCAGGGCUGCCUCUAUCAGGGAUUUAUCCGGAACCUGUCGUCAUCCUCGGCGGCCAUAUCCACGUGCUCGGGACUGUCAGGUCUGAUCCGCGUGUCCGAGCACGAGUACCUGAUCUCGCCUCUACCUCAGCACCUGGCCAAACGUCACAACUACAGCGCUCCAGAUGGUCACCGGCCGCACGUGGUCUACAAACGCUCCGCCGAACACGUCGUCCACAACCCGACAGGCGGUCCGUCCAGCCAGCACCACGACGACCCACAGGAAGACCCACAUAGGCAACACUUCUGCGGGCGCCGCAAGCAAUACGCCCCCAAGCCUCCUGCCGACGACCUUUUUGUGAUGCCGGAUGAGUUCGCCGCACCGGACGCCGAGGGUCCCGGCAGGCCGAGGAGGUCACCCAUCGACUCCAACAGGGUUGGGGGCCUCAACGUGGAGACCCUGGUGGUGGCGGACAAGAAGAUGCUGGAGAAACACGGCCGAGACAACGUCACCACCUACGUCCUCACCGUGAUGAACAUGGUUUCCAGUCUUUUCAAAGACGGCACCAUCGGUACAGACAUCAACAUUGUGGUAGUUAGCUUGUUGCUACUGGAACAAGACCCUCUGGGCCUGACCAUAAAUCACCACGCCGACCAGUCGCUCAACAGCUUCUGUCAGUGGCAGUCGGGCUUGGUGGGCAAAAGCGGGAAGCGGCACGACCACGCCGUCCUCCUCACCGGGCUGGACAUCUGCUCCUGGAAGAACGAGCCCUGCGACACCCUGGGUUUUGCUCCCAUCAGCGGCAUGUGCAGCAAAUACAGAAGCUGCACCAUCAACGAGGACACCGGACUGGGCUUGGCCUUCACCAUCGCCCACGAGUCUGGACACAAUUUUGGGAUGAUCCACGACGGCGAGGGGAACCCCUGUCGUAAAACCGAGGGCAACAUCAUGUCCCCGACUCUUGCAGGAAACAACGGGGUGUUCUCCUGGUCCACCUGCAGCCGGCAGUACCUCAGCCGCUUCCUGGGAACCACUCAGGCGUCCUGUCUGGUGGACGAGCCCAAGCAGAUCGGCCAGUACAAAUAUCCCGAGAAGCUUCCCGGGCAGCUUUAUGACGCAGACACGCAGUGCAAGUGGCAGUUUGGCGCCAAGGCCAAAUUGUGCAGCCUGGACUUUGUUAAGGACAUCUGCAAGUCGCUGUGGUGUCACCACACGGGCCACCGAUGUGAGACCAAGUUCAUGCCCGCCGCAGAGGGUACAAGCUGCGGGCCAGACAUGUGGUGUUGGCGGGGUCAGUGUGUCAAAUAUGGGGAGCACGGCCCCAAAGCCGUCCAUGGACAGUGGUCAGCCUGGUCCCAGUGGUCGGAAUGCUCCAGGACCUGCGGAGGCGGGGUCAUGUACCGAGAACGCUCGUGCACCAGCCCCAGGCCGCAGUACAACGGUAAAUUCUGUUCAGGCUCCAGCCGUUUCAACCAGCUGUGUAACACCCGGCCGUGCCCGCACAACACUGUGGACUUCCGGACCCAGCAAUGCGCCGAGUACAACAGCAAGCCCUUCAGGGGCUGGUACUACAAGUGGAAGCCGUACACCAAAGUGGACGAUGAAGACAUCUGCAAGCUGUACUGCACCGCGGUGGACUUUGACUUCUUCUUUGCCAUGUCCAGCAAGGUCAAAGAUGGCACCUCCUGCUCCGACCACAAGGGCGACAUCUGUAUCGACGGAGUGUGUGAGGCUGUCGGCUGCGAUCAGAUUUUGGGUUCCAAGGCCUCUCUGGAUGCAUGUGGCGUUUGUAAAGGAAGCAACUCCACGUGCAAAUUUCACAAGGGCCAGUACACCCUGCAGCACAGGGCUAACGAGUACUACUCCAUGGUAACAAUCCCCGCUGGCGCUCGAAGCAUCCGCGUGGAAGAAAUGGAGGUCUCCACCAGCUACCUGGCGGUGCGUUCCCUGAAGAGGAAGUACUACCUGACCGGGGACUGGACGGUGGACUGGCCGGGGAAGUUCCACAUCGGAGGAGCCGUGUUCAGCUACCAGCGCUCUUUCAACAAGCCGGAGAGGCUCUACGCCGCCGGGCCGACUAAUGAGACGCUGGUGUUUGAAAUCCUCCUGCAGGGCAGAAACCCCGGCGUGGUUUGGGAGUACACGCUGCCUCGCACCGAGAGGAAGCCGGACUACAGCUGGGGCGUGGUGCGCUCCGACUGUUCCGCUCCCUGCGCUGGAGGUCGCAUCGCCACCAAAGCUAUUUGUCUGCAGGACCAGAAAGUCCACGUCAACUCCACCAUGUGCAACCCGCUCACCAGACCUACACUGGGAUCUCACCUCUGCAACACACAGCCCUGCCCUGCAUACUGGUGGACGGGAGGCUGGGGGUCCUGCAGUCGAUCGUGUGGAGGAGGCCAGCAGACCAGGACUCUGCGCUGCAUGAGGAAGGUGACCUACCAGAGGGAGGAGGUGGCCGCUCACUCCCUCUGCCCCGUCAUCUCUCCUGCUCAGGUGCAGCCCUGCAACACCCUGGCCUGCCCCCCAGACUGGAACACCGGAUCCUGGUCUCAGUGCUCCAAGACCUGCGGCCGCGGACUGAGGAAGCGUAGCGUGUUCUGCCAAAGCAGUGACCCCGGGGCCGAGACGGCGGUGGUGCCGGACAGCAUGUGCCGACAGCACCAGCGACCCAAAGCCCAGGAGACUUGUGUCCUGCGGCGCUGCCCCAAGAACGAUAGGCUCCAGUGGGCGCCCGCUUCCUGGGGAGAGUGUUCCAGGUCCUGCGGUCCGGGCACCCAGAAGCGAGAGCUCCGUUGUGGGGAGAAAGACUUCCAGGGAGGGUUUGUGGAAUUCCCCGUGAGGAGGUGCAGGAAUCUAGCCAAACCCUCGGUGGAACUCCAGCAGGUCUGCAACCGAGGUCCGUGCCCUGAGGUGCCUCGGGUCCUGGCGGGGAGCAGGACUGCCUCCGGUGCUGUGGUGUUGGGCUGGUACUCUUCUCCAUGGCAACAGUGCUCGGUGUCCUGCGGCGGUGGCGUCCAGACGCGUACCGUCCAGUGUCUCCGCCAGGGUCGUCCCGCGGCCGGCUGCCUCCCCCAACAGCGGCCCCUCACCUCCAGGGCGUGCAACACUCACUUCUGCCCGGCCGCCCCGCCUGCACCACCGCAGCAGCAACACCACCAGAACCGGGUCACAGCUGCUGGGUUGACUCCAAGAGUUGACCCCCCCUGCUCAGACCACUUCAGCUGGUGCCACCUGGUCCCUCAGCAUGGCGUGUGCGGACACAAGUUCUACGGGGAGCAGUGCUGCAGGUCCUGCACCGGCAGGAGAUCCUAGAGGGGACACCCCACCCCCACAUCCCGAGGCAGCAGGGAACUCUCAGAACACACAGAACUGUGUCCAGCAGAAUGUGUUCUUCCUUCCUGGAGUACUUGACUAAAAAACUGAGUGAAGGCAUAGAGGAGAGUCUUGUUUUGGAAGAUGGCUGCCGCUCAUCGACGAACUGGAAAAGACACGCCUGGAGGAGUGUGGCGUUUACUGUCUGUCGGACAUUUGAGUGCGUUUCCGUUGAAGCCGCAAGCCAUCACUCUCAUCAGUCGUUAGCCUGCCUGUUUGCUGCCCCAAUGCCUUUAUUUAACUUAUUGCUCAUAUAACAUCAAUCCCACUGUGGACUUUCUCCUACAUGCUCUGUGGUUACUCUUUGGUGGACUUGUCCUCUGCGUCCUCCUUCUCUCUCUUGCUUGUGUUUCUUCCUGCUGCUGCUGGCAGACACCGGAACAUUCCAUGGGAAAGUCAUUACGUUGUAAUCUCUCCUCUAUGGCUAUGAUAAUACAGCUUGAUCAAGAGCAAGACCUCCAUUGAUUUUUCAUUGAUGCGUGACCAUAGGGUGCUUCGCAGUGGCAAAGAUUCUAUGUUCUCUGUCGAUUUUCAAUCAUACCCAAUCACAAGGUGCUGAGGGUAGCUGAGGGCAAUCUCUUCAUAUGUCACUUUUUCGUAUUGACGUGUUGAGGGAUACUUGGUCUAUGUAAUACAGAAAGACCUCAUUUGAGUUUGAAUCAGGCCCGAUCUGAGGUUCUUGGGGUUAGAAGAGGUCCAAAGUUUCUUGUCACCUCGAUGGGCCACAGCUGUUUCUUCCUACCUGCAGGGAAGAUUUUGCUUCGGUAGCCCUUUAAAGCGAGGAAACACAUGCACGUUUUCCAAGGCUCUCAUUUUUUGGUCCAAAAUGAGGAGCUUCAACCCAACUACGGUGAGGUUUGGGAAAGGGUCAUAUGUUCCUAAAAAGCGCUGAAUGGUUGGAUGGAUCUUUAUGGAUGAAGGACCCUGUCUUGUAUGCAGAGGCAUCCAUCUAGCCAUCAAUUUUUUUUACGCUUAUCUGAGGUCAGAUAGCGGAGGCAGCAGCCUGAGCAGGGAAGUCUGGACUUCUCUCUCCCCGGGCAUUUCGUCCAGCUCCUCCCGGCGGAUCCCGAGGCCUUUGCAGGCCAGUUGAGAGACAUAGUCUCUCCAACGUAUUCUGGGUCUUCCCAAAGGAGAGAUGGAGGAUUAGGAUUAGGAUGGAGGCAUCCUAACCAGAUGCCCGAGCCACCUCAUCUGGCUCCUUUCAAUGCGGAGGAGCAGCAGUUUUACUCUGAGUUUCUCCCAGAUGACAGUGCUUGUCACCUUAUCUCUAAGGGGGAGCCCAGCCACGCUACGGAGAAAACAAAUUUCAGCCGCUUACACCCGCGAUCUUGUCCUUUCGGUCACUACUCAAAGCUCAUGACCAUAGGUGAGGGUAGGAACACAGAUCGACAAAGGCAAUCCUCAACAAUCGUCUCCUGUCCACAGUGUCCUCAGACACACAUGACCUCGAACCACUGACAACCAACCACAUCUUCCUGCUCAUAUCCGUGCCGAGAACCUUUCCCAAGUCAGACAUCACAUCAGAUGUCGCUAGAAACAGGUCCACUACAUUGGCUACCUUUUUCUGCAGUCUGUGGACCUACUCUUACUGCAAGAAAAGGCAAUUAGGAGGCCAUUAACCCUUACCCUUACCCGUACCUUAACCUGAACCACUAAACCCCCAAACCCUACCUCCUGUCCUAAAUACUACACCCUAACCUUAACCCCAACCACUGAACCCUUACCAUAAGCACUUACCUAAACCUUUACCCUAACCUUAGCCCCAAACCACUAAACCACCAAAUCCCAACUCUAACUCUAACCCUAACUUCUAAACCUAACUUUACCCCCAACCACCAAACCAGAGCCCUAGUCCUAACCCAAAACACUAACACUAAAUCCCAAAUGCCAGCCCUAAUCUUAACCCGAGUAGGAUACUUUCUUUUAACAUGACAUCAAACAGUAGUCCCUGUUUGACGGGUUACGUUCUGGCAGAAACCUCAUUACACACUAAGACAUAAGGAAGAGUGCUGGAGACGAAAGCUGAUGAAAAGGGUUUAGUCCGGCUUGUGAAGCUACAGACAAUGGCUUCAGUCCUUUUCUUGACAGACCCGUGACCAAGCUGUGCCGAAUCCUUGAGGCUGAGAAGUGACCAGUGGGAUAAUGUAUAUUUACUGUAUUUCCUCAUCAUACCUUUCAUGCGUUUUACUCAUAGCAUUAAGUGCUCAUUGAUUUGAAUUCAAUAAUCCUAAUUAAUUUGAAUUCUGUGGCUCCCUUUGUAAAUAUACUGUAUAGUAUUGUAAUUGAUUCUCGAAGAAUUUAUCUUUCACUCGUACUUGCAGGUGGUGCCACCCCUUAAACUGGUGACGGUAGCACAUGACAGGGGCAAGGCUUAUUUAAAAUAAAGUACCGUCUACGGUCAAACUCCACAAACUGCAAGCCUGACAUGGCGUUCAUCUGCUUUCUCCUCGUGGUACAAACAGUUGGAACUAUGGGGGUUGAAGGACAAACCCAAACCGACUGGCAUUACGCUGCAUUGUGUCUCUGUGAAUGUGAGUCUAUUUGAGAAGCAGAGGACAAUGUCUCAUUCAGGUUGUCUCCCGCUGGAGCGUAAAGGUGAACAGCUGCAUCCCUGAGCGUCCAUUGUGCAGCGUCUACUUAGCUGCUGGAAGCUAUGAAUAUUAUUGAUCUGCUGUGUGAUGCGAGUCUCUCUCAUCCGUCAUCGUUCUGUCCUGAAAUGUGAGCAUUGAUUGGACUCUUCUGGGCCCGGCAGACACCAGCCGCUGAAGAUAUGUCCCCCACACCUUCAGGGAACUGCAGCCAAAAAGAGGGAACCCUCUCACACCCUCAUCAGGGGUCCCGGCGGUACUCAAAAAUUGACACAAUGUCUGAAAAUCACCUUUGCCAGAAUUGUUUUUUUAGGAGUUUCGACAGGGACCAAAAUGGCAAGGAAUUUCACUUUUCCAUUUUUUCAGGUCGCUUCAACUAUACUUUUCUGGUCCUGGUAGGACCUUUCCUGAAAUCUUUUUUUUUCAGGUCACUUCUGCAGCACCUCUGAAGUGUAGAAAACCUCCUUCACCCUCUGCUCGCCCUUGCUGUGCCUGUUUGGUGAAUGAAUCCGUGUGUUCUGUCCCCCCUUCUCCUCCUCCUCCUGGGAGACACUCUGCAUGGCAUGAGUGUAUUCAUGUUGGGACACACACACACACAAACACGCACGUGUAUGUGUGUGUGUUUCAAAUGACAUGAUGCUUUAAAAUGCAACAAAGACAGCCAGGAUGCUCUUUUGGUGGUUAGGAGUUCAUUACGUGGCCACCAGAGGGCACUGCUCACCCACUGAUCGCAAAGAGAUCCUUUUGGGCUUUUUCUAGGUUUUCAAAGCAAAUGACAGCACAAAGCACAAUAAUUCAUGUAUCACACCCUAACAACAAAGACAGUAGCUGUAUUAAAAAAAACAACAAAACAAACCUUAAUCCCAGACCACAACUCCAACACUAACCUUAAACCCAACCACUAAACCCCCAAACCCUAGCUCCAGUCCUAAACACUAAACGCUAACCUUAAUCCCAACCACAGAACCUUAACCUUAACCACCACCACAAAACCUGAAACUCUCGCUCCAGUCUUAAACACUAAAUGCUAACCUUAAUCCCAACCACAGAACCCUAACCCUAACCUUAACCACCACCACAAAACCCGAAACCCUAGCUCCUGUCCUAAACACUAAACCCUAACCUUAAUUGCAACCACUGAACCCUUGCCCUAACCUUAACCCCAACCUCAAAACCCCCAAUCCCUAGCUUCAAUGCUAACCACUAAACCCUAACACUGUUGCCAACCACUGAGCUCAAACCCUAGCCCUAACCCCAAACCCGCCUAACCCUUUCCGUAGCCUAAAAUCUAGCCCCAACCAUGAAACCAUAACCACAGUGCUAAGCCAAAACCCAAACCCCAACACUAAAUCCCAAGUUUCAGACAGAAACUUAACCCUGAAAAGGAUUUUUUCCUUUAAAAUGAAACAGUAGUGCCUGUUUGAAGGGUUACGUUGUGACAGAAGCCUCAACAGACGUGAUGGAUUUACUUCACAAUCGAUGUUGAUGUAGUCAAGAAUGUGUCAGCUUGGAGUACAAAGAAGUCCUUCUAGUAAAAAGCAAAAACAAAAACAAGACCAACAAGAAUGAAGAAAAACCUAUUUUAACAAACGGCUGUCCUGGUAAGACUUCGGCAUGGGUAGCAGCCGGAAUAUUCUAGAUAUCCUCGCCCUUUGUGUUUUAUUCUCUCAGCGGUCGUGUGAACUGAUCACAGGCCAGAUAUGAAUUAGUCUGAAGCAAAUCAAUUUCCUUUCCUGCUCUCCUCCUGCUCCCGCCUCCUGCCGGCAGCUGCCAUUACGGAGGAGCUAAAACGGGAAAGUUGGGUGGCGAUUUCUCCAUGGAGAGCUGUGGGAUGCGGAAGACUCAGGUGCGUCUGGCGAGGAUCAGUUUUCUGGUUACUUUAACUACAGCUCGGCUAAUCACCAGGCUCAGCGGUCGGUCCGCCGGCAGGAUUCCAGACCCCUCCCACCGCCAUCUCAGUCUUAGCCUCAAUUAGUCAGGAAUUAAAGUCCUGCUUCACGGAUGGGAUGCAUGUGGGCCGCUGCUCCUUAUCCUUAAUUGCAGCACAGUGUUGAUUGCGUGGGGAGGGUGAUGCGCAAUUCUGGUGGAAAUUCUUGUGGGACAUCUGAAUUUCAGGAAAACUCCCUUAUUUUAUGACGCAAAUGCUGACAGGUGUGCUCUGCGGUUAAUUGAAUAGAGCCAAAGUUAGCGGCCUUGCGUUCGUCGCCAUACGCAGCCUCUUCCUCACGUAUGAAAAUGUAAUCUAACAUCACCGAGUGCCCUGAGAUAACUCCUGUCAUGCUUGUAGCUCAUUGAACUCUCCACGUCUAAUGAGAUGGUUUGCGCUGAGCGUCACGCUGCAGCCUCAAGCGACGCACAGCUCAUCUCCUCCGUCCCAUCUGGCCCCCGAACUUUAAUCUGAUUUAGUGCAAACGAGACGCUGCGUCGGCACUGUCAGCCCCCGCUAAGAUAACUUUAUAUGUCACCUUUGAGCAGAUGUCUUACUUUUUAAAGCAGAUGCCUCGUUGCGAUAUCAGCCGUACCGUCAGAAACAGGCAGAGUCCAUUUGGAUCCCUCAGCACACCGGCGACACCGAUACACCCGGCAGGGACCACAAAGCCAAACAGAAGUACAUUUCUUUUGUUGGUGUUGUUUUGUUUUGUUUAUUUCCAACUGUUCCAAACUCGUAAAUGUUCCUCUCGUAAGAUUAUGACUUCAUUCCCGUAAUAUUUUUACUUUAUUCCCGUAUUAUAACUCCCCCCCCCAAAUUAAAUUUGCAAAAAUUACAACUUUAUUUUGUUUUGUUUCCCAUCAUAGUACAACUUUAAACAAAAAAAAAAAUGUAUAUCUCAACUCUGGUAAAAUGACAUUAUUUUUCCUCAUAAUAUUACAAGUUAAUUUUUGUAAAAUUGCGACUUUUUUGUCAUUAGAAUGUGACUUUUUUCUCUUAAU